AUGGCCUCCUACAUGAACGCCAGCGAAGCCUUCGUCCGCGAAAAGCUCGACGCGAGCACAGCAAACCCAAUCCCGCAAUCUUCAUGGGCUGACAAAUAUCGCGGAGCCACAGUCGAAGACCUAGAUCCACCACCCGCCUUGUCCGUCUCCCCCAGCACCCCCAUCUCCGCUGCGCUCCUCGCCGCUUUUGAACGCGACUACACACACCUCACCGUUACCUCGUCUACGCACCGCGCCCUGCUCGGAUACCUCAGUAUCCCGCGACUCAAGGAGCUCCUUGCCGCGGGGACAGUGAAGGAGUCGGAUACAGUUGCGGCGGCCAUGCAGAGAUUUAACAGGAAGCGCGGCACGUAUCAGGUUAUCACAAUGGAGACACCGCUGGAGGAGCUGCAGCGGUUCUUUGAGAGCUGUGAGGGGGCGAAUGGAGAACAAAGGGAGUUUGCGGUUGUGACGGAUGUGGAGAGGAAGUUUGUGCUGGGGGUUGCGACGAAGGGGGAUCUGGAGGAGUUUGUUAGGAGGAGGCCUUAG